AUGAUCAUGUUCGUGGACAGCUUCUCGCGGUGGAUGAAGCUGUACGGGAUGAGGCGCAAGUCGGACACCCUCGCCUUCGUCAAGAAGUUCCUCGCCGACGUGAGUGGCACCGGUGCCCCUCGCUCUUUCCGGAUGGACAACGGGGGGGAGUUCGUCAGGCGCGACUUCAUCGCCUUCUGCGACAACGCCGGCAUCCGCCGUACGUACACGGCGCCGGGCACCCCGCAGCACAAUGAAUCGUGUCACUGGGCUGCCGGCGGCUUCAACCGUUCUCCGACCAAGGCAAACGUCGGGUACAAGUCGCCGCACGAGCUCUUCACCGGUCGCCCGCCCACGCUCCAGAUCGCCCUGUUUUUGCAGCCGGGGUACAUGCGUGUGAUGCGCGCCCGGAAGAUGGAUUCCCAGGCAGUGCUGUGCUGCUACCUCAACAACGGCGACAACCAUCACGAGUCGGCGGUCAAGGUCCUCAAGUUCGCGACGGGGCGCGUGUGCAUGACGAACAACGUCGUGUGGGUCUCCGACCGCGUGCCGUUGCUGACCCCGCCGCUGGAGAUGCCGGCGCCGGCGGACGAUGGGGGGGAUUCGAAUGUCGCCGCGCACCGGUUCUAA